AUGUCAGGCGUGUGGAUCUUCGACGAUAAGGGUGUGGCUCGACUCAUUUCCAACCCGACCCGUGAGUCCUUCGAGCAAAAGGAACCACCAUACCCGGGCACAGCCACUGCUCCCGGAGCACGUCCCCGGGUCCUGGUUUACCUCCCGGAAAACCAAGUGAUCCAGUCAUACGACGAGCUGGAGCAGCGGCUGAUAGAGCUUGGGUGGACCCGGUACCAGAACCCAAGCGGGUCGGAUCUCCUCCAGUUCCACAAGUCAGAAGAAUCCGCCCAUCUCAUCUCUCUCCCUAGAGACUUCACCAACUUCAAGCCCCUCCACAUGUACGACAUUGUCGUCAAGAACCGCUCCUACUUCGAAGUCCGUGACCCCCCCGGCGUAAGAUAG